GAGUUACUUCUACGCAUCUCCAAGCCGCAAACGGACAAAACCAAAGCAAUCCGUGCACACCGAACUCCUCUCCUCCACUCGCCUCUUCCACGCCACGCGGAUGGCGUGCGCGCACGCAAGGUCCAAAGAAGCAGGCCAUCCGGGACGGCGCGAGCGCGUCCUGCGUUCCAUUCCACCCUCCUCCGUCUCCGAUCCUCGCCUUCAACUCCACUCCCUCGCUCUCUCGGGCCUUCUUCCCUAGCGGCGACGACGGGGUGAUCACUGAUUCACUGCCGCCCGCGCCAGGUCGGCCAGAACUAGUGGGCGCCAAACAUCAUAGCGAUCAUGGAGGUGGUCUCUUGCAGCCACUCCUGCUCGGCAUUACAUCAAACACCAGCAAGCACAUGGAGGCUUCGGGGCAGUGCUCUUGGCCUUGGUCUUGGGCAUGCCAGGCCUUCCCGGACCAGAAGAUACACAGUUGCGUGUGUAGGAACCACGAGUGGAGCUUCGAAUCCGGGUGGUUCCGGCAAGGUCCAUGCAGCCCAGGGAUUCCAUGUAAGCGACGUGGAUGCAGCCCUGCAGGGCAUUCCUUCCAUGAAAGCCGGGGAGGCCGAGAGGGUGAUGAUUCAAGGCCUUCCGGAAGGCCCUGACAGCUCCCCGAUCAGUACUGGGUUCUGGGAGUGGAAGCCGAAGCUGACUGUGUACUACGAGAGGUCCGGCAUGAAGAACAGCAAGGCACCUGCGGUGCUCUUCCUGCCGGGGUUCGGAGUCGGGACGUUCCAUUUCGAGAAGCAGCUGAGGGAUCUUGGUCGCGAUCAUCGGGUGUGGACGAUGGAUUUUCUCGGGCAGGGGAUGUCGCUGCCUGGUGAAGAUCCUGCUCCUAGUAGCAUAGCGAGCGAAGAUGCGUUUUGGGGCUUUGGACAAGAUUCGCAGCCUUGGGCAGAGGAGCUGGUGUAUUCUGUGGAUUUAUGGCAAAACCAAGUUCAGCAUUUCAUUGAGGAGGUUAUCCGUGAACCAGUUUAUAUUGUGGGGAACUCUCUUGGAGGUUUUGUUGCUCUGUAUUUUGCUGCAUCCAGUCCACACCUUGUAAAAGGUGUCACACUGCUUAAUGCAACACCGUUUUGGGGAUUCUUUCCCAACCCUGCUACAUCUCCCCGAUUGUCAAAGAUUUUCCCAUGGGCUGGGACAUUUCCGCUUCCAUCAUUUGUGAGGAAAAUUACUGAAGCAGUUUGGCAAAAGAUAAGUGACCCAAAAAGUAUUCAGGACAUACUCAAACAAGUAUACGCUGACCAUUCAACAAAUGUGGACAAAGUAUUCUCUCGUAUUGUGGAGAUAACACAACACCCAGCAGCUGCUGCAUCGUUUGCCUCCAUUAUGUUUGCUCCAAGGGGUCAGAUAUCCUUCCAAGAGGCCAUCUCUAGGUGCCAAGACCAAGGCAUUCCUAUAUCUCUCAUGUAUGGAAGAGAAGAUCCUUGGAUUAGACCUAUUUGGGGCCUUAAAGUUAAACAGCAAGUGCCCGAAGCACCUUAUUAUGAAAUUAGCCCCGCUGGUCAUUGUCCUCAUGAUGAGGUCCCUGAGGUUAACCGGACACGUGCCACUCUACAUCCGGCCAUGCUAUCUUCUUGGGAGACAACCUGGUCUUCUGGUCUUCCAAGAGGCAGCCCGUCGUCUCUCGCUUGAGUGUCGAGGCUGAGUAUCGUGCUAUGGUCGAGGCCUCCUGGUUGCGCCAACUUCUCCUGGAGCUUCAUUAGCCUCUUCACCAAAGCACUCUUGUCUACUGCAACAAUGUCAAUGCGGUGUACCUCUCCACCAACAAUGUUCAACAUCUGCGCAUGAAGCAUGUUGAGAUCGACCUCCACUUCGUUCGUGAGCGCAUCGCCGUCGGUGAUGUUCGGGUCCUCCACGUUCUGACGACUUCAUAGUUCGCUGACAUAUUCACCAAGAGGCUGCCGUCCUCGGUGUUCUCCGACUUUCGGUCCGGUCUCAACGUCUGUCGUGGCUAGAAUUUCGACUAGGGGUAUUAGAGUUUAUAUACUUGGAUACUCUAUAUAUACUCUAGCCCUAGUGUCUGUUAUCUAUUGAGUCAUUUUUCCUCCAAUAGUAUAUAGUAGUGGAUCUGAUUAAAAUCUAGAAUUUUGUUAUGAUGUAA